AUGCUCUACUCUACUAUCGUCACUGGCAUCGUUGCCUUCGCCUCAGCUGUCAACGCUGCCCCUGCCAAGGACAAGCCCACCGUCGGCGUCGCCAUCCUGACCGUCAAUGAUCCCAUCAGCGGCGAAAAGAGCACCAGUCCUCUCAACGUCCCUCUUGGCGUCCUCACCCACCAGAAGAACAUCGGGAUCACCAAGCUCGAGAUUGCCCGUGUCUACUCAAGUAUCAAGGGUGUUGACGCUCCCAAGAUCGAUCAGAUUACUUGCCAGAUGUACAAGGACCAGUACGGCACCCAGCCUGGUAGUGCCGAGUUCACCGCCAAGAAGGAUGCGCUUAUCAGCACCAACACUGUCCCACUUGGAUGGGUCCUUUGCCGUGUCAACGCUCCUCACGCCUAG